AAAAGAAAAUGUGCUUCUACCGCUAUCGCCGCUGGGAUUGCGGCUGCAAAGAAAAAUAUCUCACCUACCGCUGCGGCUACGCAGACCGCGAUAAAGUCGGCAAGGGCCAUGAGACCAUUUGGCAAAAGGAUACCAAAGGCAAAGACAUUUACGUGGAAGGCGAGUGUCCUCAUGGUUGUGUGAACUACAAGGCCAAGAAGCCCAAUCCCAACGAUGACGAUUUGUAUUGGCGGGUGAGGAUUUAUAAGGGUACUUCGGGCUGGAAGAAUUUCUUUUAUCGGUGAAGGGGCUUCUCUAUCUCGGUGGGGAUUGGAUUGGAAGUUUGGUUUGGGUAUAUGAUUUGGUUACCUGUCUUUUCUCUUUUCUUGAGCAUUUUCUUUUAUUGAGCCGGUUGAUUGAUUUCUUGGUUGGUGGAGCACUGCUUUCAAUCAGGACAGUGGCAGUCUCUUUCCGAGGAUCGGGAGAAGAAAUUUGAGUCCGAGCAUCUCAGCGAUCCAGCUCAUCCUCUUGGUUGGGAAAAUGCGUGAUUUUGGCCCAUUUCUGCGGUGUUUGUGUUACUUCCAGACCACCAUCACCAAUGAAGAAAAUGGAGUGUACCUCCCCCCUUCAUUCUCUUCUCUUGUCCAGUAACACGUGUCAUAUCGCUUGCUUUUAUGACCCACCGCGUGGCCGUUUCCACUCCAUCCAACAACCCCUUCGAACACACUCCUCCCAUUAUUGCCUUUCCUCAUCUCAUCUCCUCCCAUACCUGAUCUUCCUUUCUUUUCCCUUCUCCAUACAUCCAUAACCCAGGGUGUGCACGUCUGUAUCAUCCCCAACUCAACCCAACCCAGCCCACCAAAACCGUGUCUUGCUCUUCAUCCCCCAUCAUCUUCUUCAUCUUCUUCUUCCCAUGAUCAUCUUCUUCUCGCCAUCAUGUCGCCACAGGCGCCCCAGCCCCAGCCUCACCACCAGCAGUAGUAGUCCCAAAAACCAACCGACUCGUCCUCUUCUUCAACGCCUCCAUCGUCUGCUCCGUCGUCCUUCCCUUUUCCUUUUCUUCGCGAUUAAUUCUCACUGCGGCAGCUGUGAAUCCGAUGCUCAGGGCGAAAAUGGGAUCGAAGAAUCUUGAAAUGAGAUAUGUGGGCGGCAUGGUAUGGUAUAUUUGUUUUCCUUCUUUUUCUCCCCUUUUUUGUAUCUUCUUAUCUUCUUUGUGAAGAUGCGCUGUCUCCCACGACGGUCGCUUGUGAAGCGAGCUGGAACUUGAAACUCUGAGCUCAAAAAGGUGUAGU